AUAUCUGAUGCUAAGUUAGCUUUUAUGCCUUUUAUGUUCUUCCGGGCAUAACUGCACAACAGAAUUGCUCUACUUAUCUCAAAUUAAGAAAAACUCUAAAUCUAACUUUGUCCUUGGGAGUAAUUUUACAUUAUUGCCUGAGAGAUUGUAUUUCCCACUGUUAACUUCGGCAUUUGAAGGCAUAUAGCUAGCUAAGUAGCCAAACAUGGCGGACACGGAUGAGCCGGAGAAGAAAAGAAGGAGAGUAGUGGAGCUGACUGGGAAGUUAGUGAUGAAUUGGUAGAACUGGCGGAAGGUUUGAGGUUACCAGACAGGAAAGGUUAACGUUAGCUAGCUCAAGAAGCUAAUCUGAUAGUUGUUGCAAAGAGAGUACACUGACUCUAGGAUAGGACAAUAAAACAAUGACUAGUUGGACAUGAGUAGCUAAGUAUUCAGUAAAACCUUCAUGGCAUAUUUACCUCUAUGCAAAGUUAGAGGUCUUUACUUUAACGUUACCCUCUCACUGUUGACAUGUUAGCUAUUUACGUAGCCUAGCUGCCGGUGUUGUAUCAAAUAGUGUUUCCCCGUCGAGAUUGUGUUCCCUCUACCGUUAACCGAGGGGAAGGGGGGCUUAUGAUUUUAAUGAUUUUAAUGGGAAUUUUGUGACACACUUUGACACAACAUCUGGAGCUGCCCAGGCAAGACAGAUACGCAAGAAAACCCCUAAUAUGCCAGAAAUAUGCAGUUUUACUCUAUUGUCAUGGAGGGGUUAAACAACUAAACGCUACACAUGUUGGAGCAGACGCUGGAAUAGGGCAGACGUCAAAACACAAGAUGGUGGUUGAUGGGGGCAGUGGACACACCUGCGAGUGGGAGGGGCGGUGGAAUCAUAUCAAAAAGUUUCUGGAAAGGUCUGGGCCCUUCACACAUCCUGACUUUGAACCUAGCACAGAGUCUUUGCAGUUUAUGUUAGAAACCUGCAAAAUCUUGGUCAUUGGUGCGGGUGGUCUGGGAUGUGAGUUGCUGAAAGACCUGGCUUUAUCAGGCUUUCGCAACAUUCAUGUUGUUGACAUGGACACCAUUGAUGUGUCAAAUCUGAAUAGACAGUUCCUCUUCAGGCCAAAAGAUGUCGGUCGGCCCAAGGCGGACGUUGCAGCUGAUUUCAUCAACAGACGCAUACCUGGGUGCUGUGUAGUCCCACAUUUUAAGAAAAUUCAAGACUUGGAUGAAACAUUCUACAGACAAUUCCAUAUAAUUGUCUGUGGACUGGACUCUAUAGUUGCCAGGAGGUGGAUGAAUGGUAUGCUGUUGUCUUUACUGGUGUAUGAGGAUAGUGUCUUAGACCCAGGUUCCAUCAUUCCUUUAAUUGAUGGUGGGACCGAAGGCUUUAAAGGCAAUGCCAGAGUCAUUCUCCCUGGCAUGACCGCCUGCAUCGACUGUACCCUUGAGCUUUACCCUCCUCAGAUCAACUUCCCCAUGUGUACAAUAGCCUCCAUGCCUCGAUUGCCAGAACAUUGCAUUGAGUAUGUCCGGGUGCUGCUGUGGCCCAAAGAGACACCAUUUGGAGAUGGUGUGAUCCUGGAUGGGGAUGACCCAGAACACAUCCAGUGGGUGUACCAGAGAUCCCUGGAGAGGGCAGCAGAUUUCAACAUAACAGGAGUCACAUACAGACUAACCCAGGGUGUUGUUAAGAGGAUAAUUCCAGCUGUAGCGUCUACAAAUGCUGUCAUAGCUGCUGCUUGCGCAACUGAGGUUUUCAAAAUAGCAUCAAGUGCCUAUAUACCUCUUAAUAACUACAUGGUCUUCAAUGAUGUUGACGGGCUGUACACCUACACUUUUGAAGCAGAACGAAAGGAAAACUGUUCAGCCUGCAGCCAGGUACCUCUGGACUUGCACUUUUCUCCAUCUUCCAAACUCCAGGAGAUGUUGGACUACCUGACUGAGAGUGCCUCUCUACAAAUGAAAUCCCCUGCUAUAACCGCAACAAUUGAAGGAAAAAACAAAACAUUAUAUCUACAGUCUGUCGCUUCAAUUGAACAAAGGACUCGGCCAAAUCUGUCCAAAACCCUGAAGGAGCUGGGGCUGACUGACGGACAAGAGCUUGCUGUAGCUGAUGUCACCACACCCCAGACCAUGUUGUUCAGACUCUGUUUUACCUCAUAGGAUGAACUCAAGCACUCCAACACAACCAGUUGAUGUCAUUCUUGUUUCUUGGCCAACUAUAACUUGAUGCAGAGUAUUUAAAAUGGCCUAAAAACUAGAGCAGUUUAAAGUGUAUUCAUUCACCUUGUAAAUGAACAGUGUAAUUUCAUCAUUUUAACGUACUUAUUGACUAAAGUUUUUUGCACUGAAAAGCCAAAAUCAUAGUUCAUACCUUCUCAUCUUAUGGUGAUACAUUGCUUGCAAAUGUUGAGGAUUUUGGCAUUCAUGUGUUAUUUGCACUACAACCUGAAGCGUGCUGUGUGCAAACAAAGAGACAUAAAUUGGUUACUUUGGUAAAUAUGUUCUGUACAUGUUUUAGUUUUAAGUAUUUUUAAUAUUUAUUUAUUUCAACAGUUUUUUUGUUGCAGAAACCACUGAAGUGGUAAUCGACAGACACUGAUAAUGAUGUGUGACCUGGAAUAAAAAUGUUUUUCUUACAAA